UUUUAGUGAAAUGACGGGAAUGUCACGGACGGGAUGGCCUGUUGCUACUCGACCGCAGAAAAUAGUCACCACUCCGGUUACACUGAAAAAGCCAAAUGAUACACGUAGUAGCAUUGAUCGAGCAAUCAAUCUGUAUCCAUUGACGAAUUACACGUUUGGGACAAAAGAUCCGCAAGCCGAACGUGACCAUUCAGUACAGGCACGAUUUCAACGUAUGCGUGAAGAAUAUGAAAAAAUUGGGAUGCGUCGAUCGGUAGAAGGUGUUUUGCUCGUUCAUGAACAUUCCUUACCUCAUGUGCUAUUGUUGCAGAUUGGCACUACGUUUUUCAAAUUGCCAGGUGGUGAAUUAAAUCCUGGAGAAGAUGAAGUUGAAGGGUUGAAGCGACUACUUACUGAAACACUUGGACGGCAAGAUGGCGCGAAGGAUUUAUGGACUAUUGAAGACGUCAUUGGUAAUUGGUGGCGUCCGAAUUUCGACCCACCUAGGUAUCCAUACAUUCCUGCACAUGUUACAAAACCAAAAGAGCAAACGAAGCUGUUUCUUGUUCAACUUCCGGAACGAGCACUUUUUGCUGUGCCGAAAAAUUACAAACUUGUAGCUGCACCGCUUUUUGAACUGUAUGACAACUCAACUGGUUAUGGUAACUUGAUUGCAAGCCUUCCACAGGUUCUUAGCAGAUUCAAUUUCCUGUACACGCCAUGAAGCUUUGGGUUUUAUAGUGCCUGACAAGAAAUGCGAAGAGAAGAAGCUAACGAAUUUAGUAGAAGCUGGAUGAAUUCUUUUUCUUAAAUGUUCUCUGUUUUUUUUUACACUUAAUUUUUAUUGAAUAAUUUCGUUGUACAUGUUUAUUGAUAUAAUUCAAUUUAAAUAUUUCAUUUUGUUUUGUUUUUUUGAGAUCUCCA